GUAGACGUCAAACCUGGUCGUAUCGUUCCAAACGUUCACACGUCUUAAUUUGCCGAGCGUGUGAAUCCGGCUUAUGCUACUAUUUUGUUCUGUUUGCCACUUUUACAUCAUAGUGGGGGAUGUUGUUGGGGUGUAAAUAUGGCUUAAGCUGGAUGAAUUCACAGAUGUCGUUGACCCCUCUCACAUGACCGUGUUCCUCAGGAUGGUUUUUAGUGACAGACUACUGGGCAGGACUAUUGUUUUCUUAUUUUAAAAAUAUAAUUUCUUCUGAGAACAUUCCAAUAUCGAAAAUGGUAGGCUUAUCCAGCAGUUUGCAACUUCUGUUUCGCAGAAUUUUAGCGAAGACAUUGCCGCAACAGAAAUGGAAGUGAUUGCGUUUCAAAAUGAUUUAGCUUUAAAAUCAUUAGUCUCAAAUGCAAAAUGUAUCUGCCCUUCAGUAAGUAAAGAAUGUGUGUGGAGGUAGCUCCACAAUCCUACCCGCCGCUCGAUUACAGCGGACCGAAUAAAUGCUGUCCGCCUGCGAUUAGUUUUGUUCCCAAAACUCAAGCUUUUUGAUAAAUGCUGUUAUAUCAGAAAUCAUUUCUGCUAGUUCUUUGUCUCUCCCCUGAAGCUGCAAAUUAAGUUAAUUUAAUUUUUCUGUAAUAUCCACAAGAAAACCAAAAUCUCUAAGCCAGAUUGAAUUUUUCAGUUCCGGAAUAGGUUGAUCACGUUCUUUGAAAAAUCGAACUAUGGCAGAUAUGAUAUCAUUAAAACGUUUCAGCACUCGUCCCCUACUUAACCAUCGCACUUCAGAGUGAAGAAGUAGUUCCCCGUAUUAACAGUCAAUUUCAUCGGCCAAGGUUUUGAAUAGUCUUUGUAAUUAUAAUAGCUCUUGUUGUGUACUUUAAACCCUGAAAGGCACAUCGACGCACUUCUGCAGGUUUUCACGAAAAAAAAAAAAUACACGACAGGUCUGUUUAUGAUGAGUUAAGGUGUACGACUAGCUUUGGAUACGAACCUACAAACUCUGCAGAACCAGUUAAUGCAAUACCGCAAUAGCACAGAUAGAAUAUAGAUGAUUACCGCGCUCACCUCGUAUGCGCGUCACAGGCUUCUAUGAGUAACCCCUUGUCAUACCUAAAUACGGACACUGAUGCGUGCGAUGCAGACGUCGAUCAUAAUUAAACUACGGUAAACAAAUGAAGAUGUUCCAAGUAAGCGCGAUGUGUGUGCGAUUGUUGCGGUACGGCAACACCGCAUCGCACGCUUUGUUUGAAAAAAUCAAACGGUUUGAUUCUAUCCCCAGUUGUUAGAAGGGUUUAUCUCUGGCACUCUGGCAGUUGUCGUCCGACUAGCAGGGAGAAAUGGAGGUGCUUAUUGCUGAAGUGCAACAAAAAGAUGUUCUUUGGAACAAAAGAAAUCCUGGUUAUAACGAUCGACUAAUUGUGGAUAAGGAAUGGGGUGAUGUGCCAAAAAAUGUAGGAAUCUUAAAUGAAGCCAAAAAAGUGUCGGAAUUUACGAGACCAAUUUUUAAAAGAAUUUAAAAAAAUCCCCAAAAGUAAAUCGGGUGCGUCGCAAGAAGAUGCUUCAAUAUGUUCGGGAAAGUGGCAAUAUUUCACCAGUCUACUUUAUUUGAAGGAUACUGUUCUUCCGAGAAACACUGAAGGAAAUAUGGCCACUAUCAAUGGUUCCCAGGAAUUACAAAACACUACAAACGAAAGUGAACCAAAUGAAUAUGGGGAGUCAGAACCCGAUGAGACUGAGCUACAGUCUGAUAGUGCUCAGGCACAAACGGACCUCAUCGAAGCAACAGCAGUGGCUAAUUCCAACCCGUCUUCAGCAAAACAGAGCUUUGUUCCUAACAAAACUCUAUCCCAUCCGAAACCAAAAAAGCCACGUACUGAUGACAUAGAAGUGAAGAUGCUGGAAAUUGAGAACAAAAAGCUUGCUCUUCUUGAACAGGAGGAAGAUGAAAAUUCCUUGUUUCUACGGUCGUUACUACCUGAUCUCCGAAAACUGAAUCCUUUGCAACAACUAAAAGUCCUUACCAAGUUUCAGGACGUAUUGAUGCAAGAACUGCAAAACAGCACAGACGAUUCUCGUUGUUCCUCAAACAACACACAUUAUUCGACAAUUCUUUCCAGUUCAAUUUCAUCUAUACAUUAUUCCGGCACUUCUUCACCGGCUUCCCCUGGCAUCUGUGUUUACUCCACGAAUUAUCCAACCUCAUCUUCCGGAACCACAAAUAAUCAUCCUUUGGCUUUUACCUCAUAUCUCCAGGAUAAUAACGCAUCAGACAAUACACAUGUUUCGAUAAAUAAAGUACUUUUCCACUAA